GACUUAGCUUGUCACCCGACUACGGGAGACCUUUGUUCACUCACCACUCGGAAUAUGACCUCGCCUCCAACACGUUACAGAGCUUCAAUUCUUCAAGUUAAUACCAUGGCUCGACCAGAGGACAAGAAUAAACCUGUUGGCGAUGAUCAAGAAGGCCGGUCUUCAGUUGCUGAUGUGCAGAUCACGUCGGUCGGCCCCGCUCUUCUUCGAUUGCCCAUCGAAAUGUUUGAGAUAAUCAUUGCCUGCUUCGCGGACAUUCCUACGGAGCUGAUCCUGCAAAAUCCCACCACAGUGAACGCUUCCUAUGCUGAGCGAAUGAGAGCCCUCCACGCUCUUUCGCAGACUUCACGAGCGUUGCGAGAAUAUUGUUUACCCCGGGCAUGGGAACGUCUCGAGGCCUGCAUUGAAUAUGGUCCAGAACACGGGGUGUGGUAUAAGCAAGUCUCCAAUCGACUGCGAAAUAUCAGCAACGGAUUAGCAGAAUCACCUGAGCUGGCUCAGCACGUGCAAAUCGCAACAGUCAGUCUGACACGAUGUUCGGUGGACGUGAUCCUACCUGCUUUCACCCGAUGCCUCGAACGGCUUCCGAAUUUGCACACUCUGCAGAUUGUCCACGCUCACUCGCAGAUGUCGACCGCACUCAAAGAUACCUUCGAGUCCAAACGGUUCCCCCAGAUACGCACCAUUAUCCUCCCUUCAUGUGCGCAGAGUGUGCUUAGGGCAUGUCCCGAAGUCAGACACGUCACUUGCAACGAAGACAACGGCGGGGAGCUUGUGACAGCGAUCCUGGCUUCCUGUAAGAAAGUCGAGAUCCUUCGUGGGAUAACGCCUGAAAGCGCCAUUGUGAAACACUUAUCGAAAGCUGCUCCGCACUUGAGAGAACUCGGAAUAAUUUCCUGCGCCGUUCACUCCUGGCCGAAAGUCCGUGAAAUAUCACCUUACGACAUUCGCGAACUCGGUAAGCUUACGAACCUGUCAAACAUAACUAUUAUGGUCGGCGAAGGGGAGAGUAUCUGCCGAGCAAAGACAUGCAAGGCGCAUAUUCAAGCAGCCUUUGAAGCAUUGGAGCAAAGCACUGCUGAGAAUAAAAGCGUGACAGUCAGAUAUAGUGCAUGGAUAUCGCGUCGCGGAGCCGAAGAUAUUAACGGACAUUGGCAGACUGUCCGGGAAGAAGAAAUCGCCGUAGGAAUGAAGUAGAGGAUUCGAUGAGGUCGACGCAGAGUCAUUCCUUGAGCCGAGAUAUCACAACAAUUUAUAUAACUCAUAAUGUUACACCCGAAGGAGAACUUCUACUGUACACGCUAAAACUAAUGUUAUUCCGUUUGCUUCGUGUUAAUGAUGAGAUGAUACUCACCGAUGCUACGGUU